AUGGGUAACGAAACUGCCUCUGCUCGCGAAAGGAAGCGCAAUGACGGCCAUGAGGUCGCCCACCGCAAGGUUGAAUCCGUCGCCCUUGCCGACGCGGUGGCUAAGGAUUCGCCCAAGUACACUACCGCCGCCCAGUUUAAGCUCUACGGGAUCAUGGUUUUCUGCACCCUGAACUGUAUCAUGAACGGUUACGACGGAAGCGUGAUGGGCAGUAUCAACGCCAUGGAUACCUGGCACAACUACUUCGGCAUCGGCAAAACAGGAUCGGGAAUUGGCCUCGUAACUGCCAUCUAUCCUGUUGGGCAAGUCUCUGGCUCGUUCUUUGCAGGCCUGAUCCUUGAUAACUUCGGCCGCAAAGUAGCCAUGUUCAUCGGAGCAUGCUUCAUCAUCAUCGGUUCAGUGGUGCAGGCGACAACUGCCAACCAAAACCUCAACCAAUUCAUCGGUGGCCGGUAUCUGGUCGGAUUCGGUGUUCCAAUCUGUGUGACUGCUGCACCAACCUAUCUGGUAGAAAUGGCCUACCCGACAUGGAGAGGUCUUGCGGGUGGUGCAUACAAUGUAUUUGGCUGGUAUCUCGGCGCUAUCACCGCAACUUGGACGUGUUAUGGAACAGGAUUGAUGCCAAACCAGUGGUCUUGGCGCAUCCCGCUCAUCAUUCAAGCUGUCCCAGCUGCUAUCGUUGCCUGCACGGUCUGGCUGCUUCCAGAAAGUCCCAGAUGGCUCUGUUCCAAGCGAAGAGAAGACGAAGCCCGUGAAAUUCUUGUCAAAUAUCAUGGCGAAGGCGAUCCAGACUCGGCAGUCGCAAGACUAGAGUUGGAGGAGAUGCAGCAGUCUCUAGGCAUCGAGCGUGAAUCAGAGCAUGGCCAGAGCAGGUGGUGGGACUACCGCGUGCUCUUCAACAGCCGGCCAGCCCGCUAUCGAAUGUGGAUUAUCCUGAUGGUCGCAGUCUUCAAUCAGUUCACAGGAGGGUCGGUCAUAUCCUACUACCUGCCAACAAUGAUUGACGCCGUCGGUAUCAAAUCCGCAAGGCAGCAGCUCCUACUCAACGCUUUGAACAGUAUCUUCUCCUUCUGCGGAGGUAUUGCCGGUGCGUUCUUUGUCGACAGGUUGGGUCGUCGUCCGUUACUCCUCUGGGGAGUCUUCCUCACCGGCCUGGUGUACAUCCCCAUCAAUGUGAUAGCGGCAAAGGCUGGUGCCAAGAUCGAGACCGGAGCUGGUUAUGCCUUCAUCGCCAUGAUUUAUCUGUACGGCAUCGUCAGCUCGUUCUCUUGGACUCCGCUCCAGGCCCUCUACCCGGCCGAGAUCUUGAACAACGAUAUCCGUGCAAAAGGUAUUGCCUGCAAGAACUUCCUGGGUGGUCUCUCCGGCUUUAUUAACAUGUACGCGACGCCGAUUGCGCUUGGCAACAUUGGUUGGAAGACAUAUACCAUCUUUCUGGUUCUUCAUGCCGUCCAUUGGAUUUUGAUGUACUUCGUCACGGUGGAAACCAAAGGCAGAUCGCUUGAGGAGAUUGAGGAGAUAUUCAACGAUCCCAGCCCGGUCAAGAGGAGCAAGCAGAAGUAUGAUGUUGUCAUCAGCCAGGGUGUGGGCGUCAAGCUUGACGAGUCCUGA